CUUUCCUCUCCCUUCAAAGCAACCACUACACUCUCCUCCCCCACCUCGUCUCCUUUACAUACAUACAUACAUACAUAUAUUUACUGUAUCUACUAUUACUACUAUUAUAAACGACUACAGCAACAAGAUGGCAACAAUGAACCCAAUAGAAGUGAGCGUCUCGUCCGAUGGUGACAAGAUCAUGUGCAAGGAACACAAUCUGGAGACCUGUACAAACUGCAACAUUGACUGGUCGGAACACAAUACGCUUGCAGUAUCACUGAAACAGGUCAAAGAUUUACCACCACCCAACGCACCCAACCCCGUCCGAAACGCCCAAGUGAAUCGUCUGAAAGAAGAGGGCAACAAGUUCUUUAAACAAAACAAUUACCCCGAGGCAAUCCGAUUCUAUACCAUGGCAGUGGAUCUGUCCUGGUCACGUCCGCUCUGGGAACCACUCGCGUUCCAAUAUGUCCGCGAAGAAUUAUCAGCUAUCCUGAGUAAUCGAUCUGCAGCACGUCUGGCUACCCAGGAAUAUGUCGAUGCGUUGGUCGAUGCAGAAAUGGUCACGCGUUUAAAGCGAGAAUGGAGCAAGGGCUGGUUUAGGAAAGGCAAGGCAUUGUGGGGCAUGGGUCGUGCGGAGGAGGCCCUGGCCGCGUUCAAGACUGGAUUACGGUUUGAUCAUGAAAGCGAGGAGCUCAGAAAGGCAUUGGCUGAAGUAGAGGAUGGCACGGUUCAGUAAAAUAAAGAAAUGCCCCCCCCCUCCAUUCCAUUAUUAUUAUUUUUUUGCGUCUUUUGAUCAUUUGGGAUGCGGAGGGGGUGGUCCCCACGGGGAUGUUGAUACCGAUGUGAAACAGAGGAUAAUGUAGGUUAUACAUCCAGUGAUAUAUUCUUUAAAAAAGACGGCAGCCAUCACGGAAAGAAUGCGUGUCACGGUAGUCUCAGCAGUGAAAGAAAGCGACGACAUUGUCUCGGUCUGGCUACUAAAGAGGUGAUUCAUUCCGGUGUCUUUUAAGAGAUAUGUGUGUGUGUGUGCAGGGUUGGCAUACAGAGUUUGACAGGUUUUUUGUUAUUGGGGAUUGACCAAAACAUGCACAAGGUGCCCAUGCAUGUUAGUAACAGGAGAUCUGCGUUGUUUAGAAGAAAACGUGUCAUGUGCAUCAUCCUCUUGUUUGCUCACCGGAAAAAAACAUUACAGCUGCUCGUAGGUCAUGCAUCAGACCAUUGUC